UCUGCCCCGGGGCUUUUUUUCUUUCUUUGCAACACACUCCCUCCAUAAUAUUCUUCAACUCUCGCUUCCACAUUCAAUACUGGCCUGCCUUUUCAUAGUGUGUGGUCGAUCUAUACACCUCACCUUUCCCUUGCUGCUGUUGGAGGAGAGAAGCUGGUCUUUCUCUCUAUAUCUCCGGCCCUCUGCUCUCUCUCCUCCGCAGAUCACGGCCUGCAGAGAGACAAGAGUUAGGCUGUUUCUACCUGAUCAUAUGCCCCUCCCGCAAUUCUUCCAUCCACAUAGAAAUUGAAACAAGAUUUGCUUGCAUAUAUCUUGUUUGUCCUUUCCUCCAUUUUUUCUCCUCUUUUAUUUCAAUUUUGCAGCUUGUUAGAUAGAUAGAUAGCAGCAGUGGAUAUAUCAUGGAGGAAACAAGCUAGCAGCAGCAGAGAGGAGAAAAAAAAAAGAGAAUCCUUCAUCGUGGUCUCUGCCGCUUCUUCAACAGAUCAUCAGAUCUGUCCUCUUUGUGACCUUAAAGAGGUAACAGCUUGGUAGCCCCCCGGAAAUGGCAUCCCCGUCGAGCACCAGCAACAACUCCGCCCUCUCCCCGGUGGCGGCGGCGUCGGGGACGACGACGCCCGGUGCCGGGGCGCCGUGCGCGGCGUGCAAGUUCCUGCGGCGCAAGUGCCUGCCGGGGUGCGUGUUCGCGCCCUACUUCCCGCCGGAGGAGCCGCAGAAGUUCGCCAACGUGCACAAGGUGUUCGGCGCCAGCAACGUCACCAAGCUUCUCAACGAGCUGCUGCCGCACCAGCGUGAGGACGCCGUGAGCUCGCUCGCCUACGAGGCCGAGGCACGCGUCAAGGAUCCUGUCUACGGCUGCGUCGGCGCCAUCUCCGUGCUCCAGCGCCAGGUCCACCGCCUCCAGAAGGAGCUCGACGCCGCGCACGCCGAGCUCCUCCGCUACGCCUGCGGCGACGUUGGCAUCCCCACCGCGCUGCCCGUCAGCGCCGCCCCCAGGCUCUCCACGGCAAUGCCGAGGCCCGGCCAGUUCACCACGUCCGCCGCCGCCGGCAUGUACAGCGGCCGGAGGCUGGGGCUCGUCGACGGCAUAGCGCCGCCGCCUCCGCCAGCCGGCUGCUACUUCAUGCGGAACAACAACGUCAUCAGCAGCCCGGGCGUUGACGUGGCGCCCGGGCUGCCUUACGCUUCCAUGGCUAAUUGGGCCGUGAAUGCCAUGAGCGCCACCACGACCACCACCUCCGGAUCAGAGAACAUUGGGUUGGAUCACAAGGAAGGGGGAGACAGCAGCAUGUGAAGCGCCAUGAAUAUGAUUUGUUGUUUGCCCCUUGUUAAGUAAGAUGUGGAGACAGACAUGUGCUUCAGCCCCUUUGCCCUUGAUGAGCUGGGAGUGCUUACAGAAGGAAGCUUCGGGGAGAUAGCAGGGGAGCCGAAUGCAAUCUCAGGUUGAUUAAGAGCUAAGGAGCAAUCUACCUAUCUAUAUCUAUCUAUCUUUCGCCGACAUGAGUUCUAUAUAUCUGCAUCCCCUUUUUGCAUGUUGUGCAAACCAUACUUUGGAGUACUAAAUGUAAUCGAAUCGAGAUCUUGAUCUCUCUUCUUUCCAUGAUUAAUUCUUCGUUUUCGCAGGAUCCA